GAUAUUUUUUUACUGGGACCCAAAGACAACUUCUGAUUUUCAGGCUCCUGGAGGUGCAGGAUGACUCUCUUUGAUGGCGUCUACCCCUUCUACCCUCAGCAGAGGAAGAGCUUUGUCUUCGAUGUCAGCAUCAUCAUAGUGAUCAUCGUCUUCCUAACGCUUGCUUGCAGCUUCCUCAUCAUCAUCCCAGGCAUCCGUGGACGAGCGAGGCUGUACUGGCUUAUCCGGGUUCUCCUCAGCCUCGUCAUUGGGGUGGUGAUUGUCGCCGUCCAGUACACAAGGGACUGGGAAAGCGGCUGGGUGACAGCAAACACCUCCUACAAGUCCUUCAGCCGUGCCUCGGUGAAUGCGGACAUCGGGCUGCACGUCGGCCUGGCUGGGGUGAACAUUACGCUUGUGGGAAACCCAGUGAAUCAGGUCAACGAGACCAUCAAGUACAACGAGCACUUUGCCUGGAGCUUCGAUGCAGAUUAUGACCGCAGCUACAGUGAAGGCCUGGAGAAGGGGCUGCCCAGUCCCAUCCUCUACUUGGCAGAGAAGUUCACCUCACAAAGCCCCUGUGGUGUGCACAACCAGUAUCGCAUCUCUGGCCACUACGCAUCAGCUGUUCUCUGGGUGGCCUUUUGCACCUGGCUCAUCUCCAACAUUCUCUUCUCCAUGCCUGCCCUCGUCUAUGGAGGUUACAUGGUCCUGGUCACAGGGACCUUCAUGAUCUUUUCAUUGCUCUCCUUUUCCACUGUGAGGAACUCCCCGAUGUGUGCCAUCAAGUUUGGGCCUGCAUCCCUUCACAUAGCCUAUGGAGGAUCUUUCUGGCUCACACUAGUGGUUGGCUUGCUCUGUUUCGUGAUUGGUGUCACUGUUGUCACACUGCACUUCUUCAGCUUGGAUCUACUGAAAACUUUCUUUGAUCUCCAUGUGGAUGACGCAGAGGAGUGCCAAGAGAUGACUGAAGUGUAUGUCAACCGUCGGAUCACGGACAGUACACUGUCUCCUCCUCAGCCCUCCACACCCAGCCCUAAGAGUAUCUAGGAGAAAUUUCUUUCCCCAGUUAAACAGAGAAGGCCCAAGAGGGCAGAGCAUA